AUGGCGCAUCGCCAGAGUGACAUCUGUCCGAAGCCUACUGCGCGAAUGCGUCGCUGUCUAAUCUUAGUCAGGAAGCUGCGCAGUAGCACGGCUGCUAGUGUGCAGAUGGUAGCUCGGCCCGCGAGUCAGCAGGGUUUGCUCGCUUCGAUUGGGUUGGGCCGACGCUGCGAAGCGAUGGAAUCCAGUCCGUUCAGUACUCUCGUGUGA